UGGGGAGGGAAGGAAAGGGGGGGAGAGAAGCGAUCGCGAGAAAAAAAAAUGCAACCUCCCAAAAUAAAGAGCAAAGAUUGCAUUAGGAGCGAACAGCGCUGCAGAAAUAGAUGGCAGCUUCGUGUCAGUGAGUUUGCAUCCCCCUUCCUGAUCCACGAGCUGGAGUGAUUAGAGCCCUGGAAGGGAAUUGUUACUCCCGUGGAGAAGUCCCCUUUUCCUGGCAGCCGUCUGCACUGUACACGCUGGAUGCCUCUCUCCAUCCACCCCACUCAGUCUCUCCUCUCUCACCUCCUCUCUCCCUCUCUCCUGCAUUGAUUUUUUUUUUCCUUUUUAGUUGACUGAAACAAAACAAAACAAAAGGGCCACUGGAUGUCUGCCUUCUUGGGGGGUGAGCCAGACAGACUGACAAACAAACAGACCCAACUGUGUUCGGGGGAGGGUUUCUCCUCCCGUUUUGCCCGGCAGCAGCAGCAUGGACGUGUUGGCUAGUUAUAGUAUAUUCCAGGAGCUACAACUUGUCCACGACACCGGCUACUUCUCAGCUUUGCCAUCCCUGGAGGAGACCUGGCAGCAGACAUGCCUUGAAUUGGAACGCUACCUACAGACGGAGCCUAGGAGGAUCUCGGAGACCUUCGGGGAGGACUUGGACUGCUUCCUGCACGCUUCUUCUCCCCCGUGCAUCGAGGAGAGCUUCCGGCACUUAGACCCCCUGCUGCUCCCAGUGGAAGCGACCAUCUGCGAGAAGAGCUCAGCAGUGGACAUUUUGCUCUCUCGGGACAAGUUGCUAUCUGAGACCUGCCUCAGCCUCCAGCCGACCAGCUCUUCUCUAGACAGCUACACGGCCGUCAACCAGGCCCAGCUCAACGCAGUGACCUCAUUAACACCCCCAUCGUCCCCUGAGCUCAGCCGCCAUCUGGUCAAAACCUCACAGACUCUCUCAGCCGUGGAUGGCACGGUGACGUUGAAACUGGUGGCCAAGAAGGCCACACUCAGCUCAGUAAAGGUGGGAGGGGUGGCAACAGCAGCGGCAGCCGUGACGGCAGCUGGGACAGUUAAGAGUGGACAGAGCGACAGUGAACAAGGAGGGGUAGGGGCUGAGGCAUGCCCCGAAAACAAGAAGAGGGUUCACCGCUGUCAGUUUAACGGGUGCCGAAAAGUUUAUACAAAAAGCUCCCACUUAAAGGCCCACCAGAGGACUCACACAGGUAGUGAGAAGCCUUAUAAGUGCUCGUGGGAAGGGUGUGAGUGGCGUUUUGCACGAAGCGAUGAGCUCACAAGGCACUACAGGAAACACACAGGUGCAAAGCCCUUUAAAUGCAACCACUGCGACAGGUGUUUUUCCAGGUCUGACCAUCUUGCCCUCCAUAUGAAGAGACAUAUCUAAAAAACGUAAAGGCCAGAGUUGUCAUGGCGUCGGCCAUUGUCUGAAGGAAAUGCCGUGAGGCAGGGGACUGGACUUCAGGCGGGGACCCAUUGCCUCGCAGAAGAACGUUCUCACGUAUAAACCUCUGUGUACACACACACAGACACAGACACACACAGACACGCACACACGCACUCACACACACACACACACGCACACACUGUCAUGCACUCAGCUAUAUUUGAAAUAUAUACGUCUAUUCUUUACGCCUUGCCCUAGCCAGAUGGUAGAAGACGAAGAAGAAGGAAACCAGGUGAACUCAGCAAGGCAGUCUGGCUGCUUACUUCAGCACUAUUGGAAUUAUUUCCCGCUGUUGCCAAUGGAAAUCAAAGAAAAUGGAUGUGACGUCUCUGCAGGUGGACGGCAGUAAGAGGGGCUUAUUUAACUCGCUUCUCAGUGCAACUUGAUGGGAGAAUACAACGUCUUAAAGUUGCAAAUGUGUAGCACUAAUGUUUCUUUUUCAAUAGUUGGGGGAAAAAUGACCUAGAAAACCAAAUUGCAGUUUGGUAGCCAAAAUUAACUCUUGGUUUAUUUGUCCUUUGUGUGUGAAAAGUCCUACUAUUCCGUGCGUCCGACUUCCUCACAGAACUGUUGAUCAGUUUUGGUUCUUCUUAGUACUAUUGAGAUCUUUCCAGUUGAUACCAACGGCCUUAGCGGCGGCAGACUCUGGAAUAACACCUUACACCUUUCUGGCCUGCAUUUCUCUAGACUUCACUCUCCAGGGAGGAGUUUUCUUUUCUUACUUUUGACUCUUGCACACCAUAUGCACUAGGGAUUCUGGAAACUUCUAGCAUGACUGCAAAGUGGCCAAGAGAAUAAAGUCCUUGAUGAUAAAUCACAGUAUAUCCCUUGAGCCUCACCUUAUUGCCAGUGCUAGAUUUUUUCUUUUUAAUCUCUGUUUUUUGCUAACGAAAACUUGAAAAGCUUAUUUGGAAGCUUAAAUGUUUUAUCUUUUCUCCAUGGACUAAACCUCUCCAGGACUCUCUCUCGGCACCUGGAUACCCAGCUCUCAAAGCAGCCAAUCAGAUGGGACAUCACACUUUUCUUCUCCCCCUUGAGGCAUCAUGACCUCAGCUUAGAGCGAUCAACCCCGUGCUGUGUGUCAUUGCUACCCUAUAACCAGUUUCAGCGUAGAUGUCGCUAGUCUCAAAGGGCAGCUGCAUAUUUAACCUAACUCUGGGUUAUGACCUGACAAAAAGCCAAAAAUAUCACUCUUUCCAGGAGUGGGGAAAACGGAGGAUGCCUCCCAAGUCUAGUGGCUUCAAAACACCAUCAUCCUCUCUUCCUCUCUCAUACCCGCUGAGUCCCAUCACCCAACUCGUUAAAACACACAAUUCAGAAUGCCAUUGUGGGAAUGAAGGGGGGACAUUUAAGGAAAGGGUUGAAAUGUUUCUCUCGUGGUCCGUCUGAAAAGGAGAGACAGAUUUCUGAUUUUUUUUUCUGGCUAGGCCCACCAUGACUUGUGACCCAGAGCGCCCAGGAGCAACAGAGGCCUCACGCUUACUCUGCAAUCUGACUCCGAGGGGGGUACAUGCGUCACUUUCCAUCCCAUACACCCAUCCAACACCGGUCUCCAUCUCCCCGCAUUCUUAGCUAGCUGGCACUGGCCUCAACUCCAAAGACUGCCUUUAGGACCAUUCAAUGGCCUAUGCAAGCAAGCGGGGUGGUUAUUAGGGCAGAUUGUAUAUUUUGUAUAUUCUGGGACCAUCCCUUCAAGACACGUCUCAAAAAAACAAAAAUGGCAUUUGGUCCGCCCGUGGUUGCUGCUCCUUCAUACCAGCUGGCUCCCCUCCUGCCCUCCUCUGACUGUUUGACUCAUUGACUGUUAAAUGCCACCCCAUACCUAUUUGGGAUGCAAAACUGAAGUCUUUAAAAGGAAAUAAUAAUAUAAGAAACAGAGACACAUUUAUGACAGCCACCUUCAAGAUCCUUGGCAUUUGGUUUCUCAGCUUUCUGCAAACUUUGAUUUCACUGAAAUGUUGAACCUACUCGUCGGAGGGUAAAGGAGCCUCCUUAUCACAAAUGCUGUAGCUGCCAAUUGGACAGUUGGGGCAUUCUGAGGUCUGGCCCUUAAAGUCUUCUUUCUCUUUUUCCUUUUUUCGAUUUAGACCAAAAACAAAACAAAAAAAAACAAAAAACAAAAAACAACAAAAAAAGAUAAACCACCCUAAACAUACACACACACCCCAAAUCUGCCCAUUUGCCAGAGGCAAUUCUGUAUAUGUUAGUCGGAGGGUAUUAAAAAAAAAUCAGUUUUAUUCCAAAGAUGUAAAACUAGACAUGACUUAGAAACCAUUUCUGGAGCACUGCUUGCUGACAAUCUCGUAGCUCUCGACUGCAUUCGAGUGUGUUUGUAGCCAGUCCAUCAGGGCAUACCAUGGGAUGAUAAUUGAAUGUGUGGUGCAUCCUUGCUGGAUGAAGGAUGUGUGAGGACCUGGAACCUCAGCUGUAUUAAACUGUAGCGCCUCCAGUCAGUGCACUAGAUGAAAGUUUAGACACCCCAGGUUUUAUUGGUUCGAUGAUUUCCCUUUCUAGAGCCGUCUCCAGCCUGACUGCACGCACACCCCAGUGAUGGCAUUAGCCGUGGCUGCCACGACUGACAGACGUUCUCUCCCCAGCUGGAGCUGCUCUUGCCUCUCGAAAUGCUAUUAUUAAGGGUUUAUAAUAAUUUAAUUUUUGAACUGACCAAUGCAAGGCUCUAUUAAAAAGAAAGUUUUUCAAAAAAUGCAAAAGAGUAAUCAUUGCUUGUUUGCUCCCUGUUGUCAUCUGUGGUCUUGAAAAGAUCUCAUUUGAAUGUGGCAGAACAAAGGCCGUUUGGUCUUCAUCGGUGUCUGAAAUGUCUGGCAGUUCCUCUCUCUUUUGUAUCGGCGAGGUCCUAUGUAAUCUGCUCCUGACCUUUCUCUGAGCGGGGUGCAUUGAACCGCGAUGGUGGGGCUUGCUUGCUUCAGGCAUUUUUGACUGUGAGAAUUGGCCUGAGAAUUUGGUGGGUGCUAAGUGGAUGGCUUUGAAACUAUUCUUUAGCCCGAUUGACACCUCUCAACGAUAACCAGUCCUAUCCAUGGGGGCGGUGGUGGGGGUGGUAGCUCCGAUCAUCUUGGAAAAGGAUUUGUAAUAAAAUGUCCAUCAUCUCUGAAGUGGCAGAGAUGGUUGGAAAGAGCCUGCUGGAGUGAACAGGCUUUUCAAGAAAUAACGUGAAGCUGGUUCGCUUCCAAGGGGACAGGUUAUUUAGAACAGUGCUUUAAUGGACAUUUGAAACACGUUCAACCGCUUUCUCAUUUAAACUGUGACCUCCUGACAUUCCAGGGGAUCUCAAAUUUGAAAGGAAAAAUCUGGCAUGGUGUUUCUUGUGACUGUCCUCUCAAGCACGCUUUAUCCAGGGUUCAGAGUUUGAUGUAUAGAAAAAGAGUGUUUCUAAGCCAUUGACAGUUUUCUUUAUUUCAAGUUGUGCUUCUUUCUCCUACCACAUGGCUAUAAGUCAAAGAUGUGGAGACCUGAAAUCAUCAUGCUGCUCCUAGCUCCUGGCCUCCUGCCCCACUGAUGGUUGAUUGGCCCAGCUUAAUGCCUGGUGGUGAUGAGUAUUAUGUCCAGAAAAAGAGAUGUGUGGAUUCCAUGACAAAGCUGCAUUUUAUAAGAAUAUCGGAGACCCCCAAAUGAACUUCAUGCCGACCAUUUCCUUCUCCUCUCUGUGUUCUCCCUUGCAAAGUCCUUCAGUGUCACCUGCCCUCCCCUCCUGCACCUCCUGUGCCCUUUUUACAUCUUUGAUUGCCUGAUUAUAACAGGGUAAAAAAGACAGCCAACCUCACAUAUGAUUAGCAGAACUGAUUCCUAUUUUUUUUUUUAAAUCUUCCUUGAAUCUAGAAGCCAGAGAAGUUUUUUUUAAAGGAUUUCAGUUUGGGAUAAGCUUC